GUGCGAAAUUGGUGCAAGCUGAUGCCAACAACAUCUUCCUUGAAGAAUGCCUAUCUGGGUCGCAAGACGGAUGAACAGAACAACAUGAAAGUUCCCCAGUCAUUCUCCUUCAUGUGCCGCCAAGACUUACCUGGUCAAGGGCAUGGCCUUCAAAUCGAUGAGAACCUACCACGACGUCUUCGAACAGCUGGCUCAUUGAAAGAUGUGUUUGCAAUGGUCAAGGGGUACAUGUCUGACCAGGAAUUGAUUCAGCCACCGCUUUUGGUAUAUCCUGAAGCCUUUCUAGAUGGCACAGAAAGGUUCCUGAACCAAAUCAAUAGCACAGAUGAGGUGGUCACCCAGAACUUAGACGGUGAACGCGCUGCAGAGCUUGAAGCUUUGGCAGAAGCAAUUGCCAAAGACUUUCCGUCUUUUGAGAGAACCGCGCGAUAUUAUCGUAGCUUGAUAGACAUGGCUAGAUCCAGAAAGCCUUUCUCAAGGCUUGCAUUUUUGGACGCUGGGCCAAUGAUUGGGAAUGGCCUUGCGGAAGUUCAAGUGCCAGAGCGACCGCCUGAACCUAUGAACCAUUGGUUGCGGGUCACUGCAAACAAGAAUCUCGGAGAGCACGUCGAAGAUGUGCUAGGUAACCUCGAUCUGAGGAUGAAGGUGUUGAAUCGCUUGGUGAUGGAACGAUCUGCUGACACGGAUCCGAAGCCAACAUUGACGUUGGUUCCACAAGCCAGCUUGUCUGAGUUUUGGCUCCCGCUAAGUGCAUUUCAUCUGGGCCAAGCAGCGAAGAAUGGCUGUGUUGGCUUUGUGACGAGCGAGAAGCAAUCACCAAGUGCGCUUGAUUUCCUUGGCGCCAUAGGCCAGGCUGUGUCUGUGGAGCGGCGGCAGCUUGAUGAUGAGCAAAGUGUGGCGCUCUAUGACAUUUGCUGUUUGUGGAUUUGGCUGCGAGAGCGCAUGCAGAAGGCCUUUUCUGGUGACAUUGAGGUGGCAGAUGGCAGAAGGAUCAUGUGUGGCUCCGUGGUCCUGAACGGUGAUCCUGGAAUGGUGCAGAGUCGAAUUGCAAAUGCUCUAUAUGAAUCGUGUCGUGCUGGGAACUCUGUGCUACCGAACUUUCCAAGCUUUGACACAGUGGUGCAAGCUCUACGAGAGAAUGGCACCUCCACCCCCACUGUGACCUACAAGGUUUGUGUGGCGAAGCCCAAUCGGCUUGUUGUCCUACAGUCGUUGGCCCGCCGCUGGACAGAAUACGAGCAAACCAAGGACGAAGCCACCAAGCUCAUUGAGGAACACAACAAGCACUUCAACAUUGAUGGUGACUUCAUGGAAGAUGAUGAGAGGACUGUGAAGAUUGGAGUUAGCCACCAUUCCAUCAAUGCGUCCCACGACCAGCUGACAUCGGAGAAAGCUCUUGUCUUUGUCGCAGGGCCCCCAAAGGGUGAUGAGGAGGAGGGCAAGAAAAAGAAAAAGAAGAAGGCCAAGAAGGAUAACACAAUCAACGCGAACAGCUUUGGGAGUGGCCUCUCCUUCAGCAAGUUCAAGGGGAACAAGAAUUUCAUUAUUGGCUAUCGUUGCAG